AUGUCAACACCACUGACAUCCUACCUCCAAACCCUCCACCAUUCCCUCUUCCACUCUGCCACGAGACACCCCUUCCUCCGCGCCGCCGGAACCGGAACCCUCCCACCCCGCAUCCUCUCAGCUUGGCUCUCCCAAGACCGUCUCUACGCGCAAUCCUACAUCCGCUUCAUCGGAUCCCUCCUCGCAAAACUCCGAUUACCCUCUCAUAACCCCGAUCCCGCGAAGUCAUCGCGCGCGACUGCGGAGGGGCGCGCGGUGGACGUACUGAUCGACGCGCUGGUAAACAUCCGCAGAGAAUUGAAGUUCUUUAGAGAUGUCGCGACGGAAUAUAAAUUCGAUCUUGAGGCAUUGUCGGUAGAUAUUGAGGCGGAGGAUGUUGGCGCGAAGGUGUUCGGGCCGAAUCCCAUAACGCAUGCAUAUAUCGAUCUAUUUAUGUCGGCUUCUAGUCCCGCGACGACUAUCCUGGAGGGAAUAGUUGUGCUUUGGGCGACGGAGAUUUGCUACCUGCGUGCGUGGCAGUAUGCGUUGUCCCUCUCUUCGUCUGCCUCUUCGCCCCCAGAGAACGAUCAAGAUGGAGGCGCGCUUCGGAAACACUUCAUUCCCAAUUGGACGGAUCCCGAGUUCGAGGCGUUCGUGCAUAAGAUCGGAGAUGUGGUUGAUGAGAUGGCGGGUCUGGUCAAGGGGAGUGAGUCGAGGGAAGAUGUUCUUGCCAGGUGUGCAUUCUGGUGGAGGCAGGUGCUUUGGUUGGAGGAGAGAUUUUGGCCGGUUGUUGAGCAGGCAUGA